AAUGGAUGAUUUACAGCUGUCAGAUGCCCUACAGAGAUAUUUUUCCGAUGUAUUUGUAUGUUGUGAUGAUGAUAAAACUGGAAAAGCUUCAUUGACCAAAACUGUAGAAUUGAUAAAAUCUGCCAAUGUACCUGAGGAUGUGCUUAAACAGAUUUCAGAAAUCUGCUGGAAUCAGUGUAGCACACAUCUGAACAGAAAGCAGUUUUGUUCUGCACUAAAACUAGUGGCAGCUUAUUUGGCCAACAUACCUGUAAACAGCGAUCUAGUGACGCUGAAAAUUGACCUACCCCUGCCUAGGUUUUCAUGGACUCAUCAGGGAAACAAAAGUCCAAUACCUGACUUUAUAGAAUUUCAAACAGACCUCACCAAGUACAAAGAACAAUUAGACAUGACAAGCACAGAUUCAGAAGCAGAUAGUGAAACCAUCAGGAAUGGUUCACCAGAUGCCUCAAGCACCGCAUCUGAUAGUCCAACACCUACAAAUAGUGUACAAGAUAGAAGUUGGGCAGUUUCAGGUGCUUGGCAAGGUCUGGUCUCUGAGGAACAACGCCAACUGUUAGGAACGGAGGAGGAAUCCUCAGACAAGCACAGUAGCGAAGAAGAUACUGAAGUAUCCAAUGAAGUAUGGACAAUCACUUCUGAGCAGAAAGAAUACUACACGAACCAGUUUCGUGCUCUGCAGCCGGACACCAACGCACUGUUGGCGGGUCCUGUUGCUAGAAUGUUUUUCGAAAAGUCGCGAUUACCCGUGCAUGAGCUCAGGAGGAUUUGGCAGCUGGCUGAUGUCACCAAAGAUGGUGCGCUUUCACUUAGGGAAUUUAUGACAGCCAUGCAUUUGGUAGUGUUGAGAAGGAAUCACAUCGAGUUGCCAGAAACGCUACCCGCAAGCUUAAUGCCGACCAAUGAGACUCCGCUAUCUGUAAGUCCGGAAACUGAACCCAUCCUAUCUCCACAAACAAAAGAAACAGCCAAGGAAUGGACGAAGUUCGUAGACAGUCCCACCAGCUCGGUGUCUUCACCUGGACCAAAGCCUGUGAAUUUCGACUUUCAAAAAGUCACCUUAGACAAGGAUUCUAAGAUCCUGCAUCCGGUGCCGCUUAGGCUAACUCCCGAGACGGCAAAUAAUCAUGUUGAUGAUGUUGGAGGAGAUCCGAUGGAUUUGCAUAGUCCUAAGAAAUUUCUGGACUCAGCUACUACCCAGGCGACCCAAAACAUGCAGAGCCUCUCCCUCACCCCCCAACAACAGCAACAACAGAACAGCGCCAUUCAACGUCCGCAACCGAAGAAGAUCGCUCUUCCCGGCCCUGGCGCGAUCCCUCCUCCACCUACUAACUCCGCCCCUUUGGAGGAGGGGCCUGUCAGUCUACCUGCAUUCCCGCCCCCAAAGAAAGAGAAGCCGCCUCCUCCACCGCCAAGGCCGUUUAAGACGCACGGUAGAAGUUCGUCAUUGGAUUUGAAUAGGUUGAGCAAGCCGCAGGGACCACCGCAGGUGCCCCCGAGAGUUAGUCCGAAUAUUCAGGGGACUAAGAAGCUUAUCAAUCAAAGGUCUGAGGGUGAUGCUGUAACAGAAACACCAUUUGCCAAUUUUGAGCAGUUCGAGAAUGUCACAGAAGGUAUUUUUCCUGGUGAUAUUUAUGAAGCUGAAAGGAAAAAGUUAUUCGCACAAUUCUGUGUACCAGAGCCCAGCGACGAGGCAGUACCUAGGAAACAUGGAGCCUUCGAAAUUUACAGGAAACCGCAGACGAAAAGCGGUAGAGAGAGUCCUGUAACUGCCGAAGACAAAGCAAAAUGGCAAUUAUUCAAACAGCUUCAAGACGAAAAUACGGUACUCCUUAGGAUCUGCCAGGAGCUUAGUCAGGAAUUAGCUGAACUGAAAGAAGAAAGAAUGUCCCUUAAAGUUAAGUUAGAAAAACAACUUAAUGGUGGAUAGCUUGGUAACUUGGUUCUAUGUGAUUAUUCGUGUGAGUAGCUUUUCGGGUCUUGUACGAUUGUAAACUAUUUAAACUGGAGUAUGUGAUUGUGUGCAUCAUUUCAAGUGUAGCUUGUUGAACGGUUUAAUGUAAUGUUACUCUCGAUGCUUAGGAAAUUAAGGCAGGGCAACAAAAUUUUACGGUUUUCGGAUGUCAAAAUGGGAAAAGAUUGUUGAAGGCAUUUCUUCUCUGAGAGUUUUUCUGUUUCAAAAGUCUCAUUUUCACGGAAGCUAAUAUGCAGUUUUGAUGUAGCAGAUUUUCCGUCCUCUGUAAAUCUCGAUUUACUUCGAAAAAAUAGAUAAAUUUUUGAAUUUUAUAAUAUAUGAGUAUUUUGUCAAUCGACCAUAUUUUUCUGUACAAUUAUUUCAAUAAACACUCAAGUAUAUAGAAACUUAGUUUCGAUAAAAUUGUCUUGGAAUGAUCUACAAUCCAUCCCAGUAAAAUCUGCACGCUUUCAAAACUUUCUUGAAUACAGGUGUAAUCUGAAAAAUCAUGCCAAUCUCGGAGCUAUAAUAACCCGAGAAUAUAAAAAUUGUUACACUCUGUAAUUUAUUACCAUUUUAGUGUAUUAUAAAUGCUUGAUUGUAUUUUUGUAAUUUUUCACAAACUUUAGUUUAAAAAUAAUAAUUUAUGUAUGUAUUUUUUAAGGAUAUAGGUUAUGCUUCAAGUAAAAUAAUUAUAACUUUUGUGUAAAUUUUGUAAAGAAAACUAAAUUUAAAGAUAUAGUAUAUUUUUUACAUACAUAUAUAAGACAAAUUCUGUUUCUAAUAAUCUUCAAAUAUAUUUAAGAAAUUGUUUUGAUACAAAAGAGUCUAAUGAAUCAUAUUGAGUACAGUUUAGCUGUUCUGUAAGAUUUUAAAUAUUAAGAGCAUGCAAUUCAAAUUGUCUAUUGUCGAUGCAGAAUUGAUAAAAUUUUGUAUGUCUUUCACUAGUGACCUCUGAGAUUCGUAACGGAUUGAACUGUUAAUACCGUCGUUGAUAUCGUUUUCAUCUUUAGUGACUGAGAUGUGAUAUGGUGACACUGUUACUCGAGAAGAUAAAUCCACCCUCAUGCGAUCACUACGUGCACGUUAGUAUAUGUACCGCCGAAGCGAGUACAAUAAUAAUGCAGUACUGGUUACAAAUUCUGCAUAAUAUUGAUAUUCAGUAUUUUCAUCUUCUUCUUCAUCUAAAAACAAACUUUCUCUGUAUCUUGCAACUAAAUCAACGUUGUAUUUAUCUUGAAUGUAUUUGACCAAGUCAGGUGAACCAUCUUUAUCUUCGUAUAGUAAGAAUAACGGAGUUAUGUCGACAUCAUCAUGACUAAAGAUUUUAUCGAUGAGUCUCUUAUCAAAAUCAGUUAGCAAUGAGCAGGAUAACGGUAGCAUGCUCAUGUUUAUGUCUGUUGUUCAAAAUAGUAAAAUGCUCGCAGUCGUAGAGCUCAAUCCGUAAACUGAGUUACUCCCACUCGGCGAGGUAGCUCGGACAAUAGUCUAAAUUCCAAUUUCGCUAGCAAUAACGUCCUUCUUCUAUUGAAAUCGGAUACAUGGUAAAAUGCAAAUUUCUUUGCAGUCAUUUCAUAAAGAGCAACAUACUCUAAACACUCACUAAACAUAGAGCGAUUCUUCGAAAUAGUGUUGAACAGUAAUUUCUGCUCAAAAUCACCAUAGUCAUAAGAAACUCUAGAAUAGUCUGAAGUCUUUACACCAGUUGCACGUCAGAGACGGGUGACGAACGUUCAGUUUUAUCUGGCGCUUCCGCACGUAAUUUGUGAUUAGUUCAUUAGUUUGUUUAUCUGGUUUGUGAAAUAUAAUUAAAAACAAUGAAUUAAACAUUUAAGUAUGGUGUAUUGUGAGGCGGUUGAUUCUUCAGGCAACAACACUGAGAAAAGCACAAGCGUAUCGAAUUGGCAUUUCCUCAGUUUUUGAAGGGACACGCAUGUUUGCAAAGAAGGGGUUCUGUGUGUAUCAGAAAUACAGAUUUAAUGUAAAACAGCAAGGAUAUGUUCGUAGGGUUUUGUGGGAAACGAUUACUGCUCAAAAGAAAAAAGUCAAGAUUACCUCAAAAUAAAUGGAAGUUGAAAAGUAAUGCAAUACCUUUAUUUGUUUAAAUUAUCAUGGGCACAGACUUGUCGCUGAAUACGAAUGAAGAAAAAGGCUAUUUGGUGGAAAUUAUAAAAUAAAUUCAAUAAAACGAAGGGAGGCUAAUACUUUUUCGAAAUUGUAAAAAAUGCUUUCUGGGUGCCUAAAACUCCUGUUUUUAUUUAAACAUUAACAAUUUACUGUUACU